AUAAUACCCAGAAACAAGAAUCAUAAGGGGACUAAGGUUUCUAGGGUUUUUGCUAGUUCUUCUGCUGAAACAAAGCAUGAGAACUUGGGUCGCCUCUUCAGCUACCCCUCCGUGGCUGAUUCGUUCUCGCACAGCUAACAAAAAUCUCUGCUCAGCUUCAAGUUCAAACUCCCAAAACCCCAUCCUUACCGUCAAUUCAAUCCCAGAACCAGUGAUUUCCGCUGAACCCGUCUCAGAUUCUCGACUUUCAGACACAUCUAUCAACUCAGAAUCAUCAUUUCCCGAUAAUCCCACUAGAAACACUGAUUUUCCGGAGACACCCAGUCCAGAAUCAAAAUUUUCCGGGGAAAUAACAAAUUCUACCGAACCCAGCUACAAAUACACCAAACCCAUUACUGCAAAAAGAGAUCUCACACAAACUCAUGUAAUAGAUGUUCUUUUGAGCAACAAGCACGAUCCUUAUACUGCUUUGAAGUUCUUCCAAUGGGCCGAGGAACAGCGGGGUUUCCUCCGUGGCGUCACUGAUUCCUUCUGUGUUUUGCUCCACAUUUUAAAUGGUUCGUGGAAUCAUCAAAGAGUUGCUCGGAAUUUGCUCAAUCAAUACGUCUCCGGUGAUUCGGGCCCCAGUGCUACCGUUCUUGUAGAUAAUUUGGUUGAUUGCUUGAAAAGGUUCGAUCUGGAAUCAGAUUCGCGUGUUUUCAAUUAUUUGUUGAAUAGUUAUGUUAGAGCCAGACGUUAUAAAGAUGCUAUGAAUUGUUUUUAUAGAAUGAUAGAGAGUGAUAUAAAUCCGUGGGUUUCAUGUAUAAAUAUGCUCUUGAGUCGACUGGUUAGGAAAAAAAUGAUUAAAGAAGCACAAGAUUUGUACUGUAAUAUAGUUUCAAGUGGAAUAAACUAUGAUUCUGCUACGGUACAUGUUGUGAUGAGUGCUUGUUUGAAGGAAGGGAUGGUAGAUGAGGCACAAGAGUACUUUAAGGUGGCUAAGGCUAGUGGCCUUAAGCUCGAUGCUGUCACAUACAGUACUGCUAUUCAGGCUGUCUGCAAGAAUCCCAAUUCUAAAGUGGCAUGUGAGUUGUUGGAGGAGAUGAAGGAAGUGGGGUGGGUUCCUUCCGAGGGCACGUUUAUGACUGUAAUUGGAGCUUGUGUGAAGCAGGGAAAUGUGGUACAGGCUUUAAGGCUAAAGGAUGAAAUGGUUAGUAGUGGGAAGCCUAUGAAUUUGAUGGUUGCCACAAGUUUGAUGAAGGGGUAUUGUGUGCAAGGAAAUUUGGGCAGUGCUUUGGAUUUGUUCAAUAAGAUUAUUGAGGAUGGACUUAUUCCAAACAAGGUCACUUACGCGGUUAUGAUUGAAGGGUGCUGCAGGAAUAGAAACGUGGAAAAGGCAUAUGAGUUAUACACCCAAAUGAAACUCCAAGGUAUUCGGCCAACUGUCUAUAAUGUAAAUUCGUUGAUACAAGGAUUCUUGAAAGCUGGGUUGUGGGAGAAGGCCACAAAACUGUUUGACGAGGCAGUUGAGUGUGGUAUUGCUAACGUUUUCACAUACAAUAAUCUCAUAUACUGGCUUUGUAAGGUGGGUAAGGUGAAUGAAGCUUGUAGUGUAUGGGAAAAGAUGACGAAUAAGGGAGUGACACCAAGUGUGGUUUCAUAUAACAACCUGAUACUCGGGCAUUGCAGAAAAGGGAAUAUGGACGUAGUAUCAGGUUUAUUUUCUGAGAUGUUGGAAAGGGGUUUGAAAGCUAAUGUAGUCACAUAUAGUAUUAUGAUUGAUGGGUAUUUUAAAAAAGGUGAGACUGAACGGGCCCUAAACAUGUUUGACCAAAUGGUAGGGUUAGGAACUUCCCCCAGUGACUUCACCUUCAAUACAGUUCUCAAUGGUUUGUGCAAAGUUGGCCGCACAUCUGAGGCAAGGGAUAUGCUGAAGAAAUUUAUAGAGAAGGGUUUUACUCCCAUCUGUAUGACUUACAAUAGCAUUAUAGACGGUUUUAUCAAGGAAAAUGCCAUCGAUUCUGCAUUGGCUGUUUAUAGAGAGAUGUGCGAGAGUGGGGUUUCCCCCAAUGUUGUAACUUAUACCAGUUUGAUCGAUGGGUUUUGCAAAAGCGACAAUAUUGAUCUUGCUUUGAAAAUGAGGAAUGAGAUGAGAAGCAAGGGCCUUGAAUUGGAUGUUACUGCAUAUAGUGUCCUCAUAGAUGGAUUUUGCAAAAGAAGAGACAUGGAAAGUGCACGCGAACUUUUUGAUGAACUCUUUGAAGUCGGGUUAUCUCCUAAUGCAAUUGUUUAUAAUAGUAUGAUUAGUGGCUUCAGAAAUUUAAGUAACAUGGAAGCCGCACUUGCCUUACAUAAGAAAAUGAUCGAUGAGGGGAUUCCAUGUGAUUUGGGAACAUACACUACAUUAAUUGAUGGGUUGCUAAAAGAAGGGAAACUACUCAAAGCCUCAGAUCUUUAUGGUGAGAUGCUUGGCAAGGGUAUCGUGCCGGAUGUCAUCACAUAUACUGUUCUUGUACAUGGUCUUUGCAAUAAAGGACAACUAGAGAAUGCACGCAAAGUCUUGGAUGAGAUGGAUAAGAAGGAUACAGCUCCUAAUGUCCUUAUUUAUAAUACAUUGAUUGCUGGAUACUUCAGGGAGGGGAAUUUCCAAGAGGCUUUUAGAUUGCAUGAUGAAAUGCUUGACAGAGGUCUGGUGCCCGACGACACAACUUAUGAUAUUAUUGUAAGUGGAAAGAUUAAAGGGAAUGACUCCCUUGUUGGGGCUUCAUGUGUCUGAAAACUGUCAAUGGCUACUAUCUAUAAGUUGCUUCCAGCUUUGUUUGGGCCCUCAAAGGAGAGAAAUAUCUUUGCCUGUGAUAUAUUUUGUUGUCAUGCUGCUCUAUCUGGGAAGGUUCAUCAUCCCUCCUUGGCUUAUCAUAGCAAAAACUAAUUACUAAAAAUAUUGUCACAGAUAUGUCCAAUCUUUGCAUUUUGCAGUCUUGGGAAGAAAGGAGAGAUCAGAAAUCCAUGAAGAAGUAGAUCGCGUGAGGAGCGGAUUUGUUGACAGAUUAGUAGCUUGAGGAUCGGGGCUUGAUCUUGCUUAAGUCUAUCGGUCAGGAGGAACUAAGGGAUUCUUGGGGCAGAGUCUGGUAACUUAGUUUUCAGCCGGGGACAAGAUAUUGAUGAGUUCGUGUCAGGACUCAGGCUGCGUAAGGGUUUAAAGGACUGGAAACAUUGGACUUUCGCUAGAACCAAGGAGACUAUUUCCUAUCUGAUGCUUUUAGACACGGUUAGAUUGAACUGCCUUUUUGGAAUUGUUAUGCGGUGGUCUUCAAUCGGCGACAACCGACUGUAAAACCUAUGUCGUAUCUUUGAUGAAUAGAUUGGAGAGAGAGAAUCAUGUGGCUGACCUUAUUCACAUGGAAUAAAGGCAAAGAUGAUGAUGGUCUUCGAUUCCUCCCGGUAAAUCAUGGGUGGAUAACCAAGUUGUAUAUAUUUCUUUCAAUUAGACCAAUUGUAACAUAUAUUGAUAUGGUUAAAUUAAUUGUUGUCCUCCAGUAAAAGUGGAACUGGCUAUGGUUUC